AUGUUUGGGUCCUAUUUAAUUGGUAAUGAAUUAUGGGUAGCCAUGGAAUAUUUAGAAGGUGGUGCACUAACCAAUAUUGUUACACGAACAUUAAUGUCAGAGAAACAAAUAGCCACCAUCUGUCGUGAUGUACUUCGAGCAUUGGCGUUUCUGCACGACCAUGGUAUCAUUCAUAGAGAUAUCAAAUCCGAUUCUAUUUUAUUGUCAAUCAAUGGACGUGUAAAGCUUUCAGACUUUGGAUUUUGUGCAAGAGUCUCUCCUGAUCAUCCUCGAAGGCGUAGUCUUGUAGGAACGCCGUAUUGGAUGUCCCCUGAGGUGAUCAGUCGCUUACCUUAUAGCACAUCUGUUGAUGUAUGGUCAAUGGGUGUCUUGUUAAUUGAAAUGGUUGACGGCGAACCAACAUUUUUUAACGAACCACCAUUACGAGCAAUGAGAAAUAUUCAAAGAGAUGCUAUUCCCCAUUUAAUGUAUCCUCACAAAUCAUCUAGGAAACUCAAUUCAUUUCUCGGACUAAUGUUAGUUCGUGAUCCGUUCAGAAGAGCAACAGCUGCUCAACUUUUACUACAUCCAUUUCUAUUAUUAGCCGGUUCCAGUGAUUGUCUUCUACCAUUAUUAUAUCAGUCGAAUAUUGUUUCAUGA